AUGUCGGUUCAUAACCCCCUCAAUAUUUACUCCGGCAAAGACUCGCUUCAAAAAUACUUUGAUCCCGAUUUUGCCCCUCUAUUACCCCUGGUUGAGAUUCCCGACGAGUUCAAUCCUUUUAGGGAAGAUGGAGUGCGCAUUUAUGCGAAAAUGAUGACUAUGCUUCCAGCAAAUAACGUCAAGGCAUUGCCAGCACUUGAUUUGCUUGCACAAUGCGUCAAGCCAGAGAAGACGAAGACUGUUGUGGAAUACAGCUCUGGAUCGACCAUCAUUUCAAUGUCUAUGAUAGCACGGGUUGUCCAUGGGAUCAGCGACUGUCGAGCCUACCUCUCCAACAAGACUGGCGAUACAAAGCUUAAGCUGAUGCAGUUUUUUGGACUUGACAUAACCCUAUUUCCUGGCCCUUCUCAACCCGAGCCUUAUGAUUCAAGAGGUGGUAUCCAGGUUGCACGACGCAUGGCUCUGGAGGACGAGACUGUGUGCAACCCCAACCAAUAUGAGCAUGAUGCCAACUGGGGCGCACACUACAAAUGGACCGGUCCGCAGAUUCUCAAACAGUUACCCGAUCUCAGCGUUAUGUGUGCUGGUGUUGGCACUUCAGGAACGAUGACAGGGAUAGGAACAUAUUUGGGCGAGAAAAGGCCCUCUGUUGUCCGUGUAGGAGUCUUCACAGCCGUAGGGGACCGCGUACCUGGACCUCGUCCAUAUUCACUCAUGGAACCUGUGAAGUUCCCUUGGCGCGCUGCAAUUGACGCUAUGGAGGAAGUUGGCUCAACCGACUCUUUCGGUAUAUCCAUGAAGCUGUCGAGAGCCGGAAUUAUUUGCGGGCCCUCAUCUGGCUUCAAUCUUAAAGGUCUCUGCCAGUUUCUCUCAAAGCGCAAAGAAGCUGGCACUCUCCGCGACCUUGCUAGUCCAAAUGGCGAUAUCAAUUGUGUUUUUAUCUGCUGUGAUCUACCAUACCAAUAUCUGAACGAUUACUUUGACAAAUUAGACAGCACCUGGUUUCCCCAAAUCCACAACAGGCACCUUACUGAAGUUGAUCUAUAUAACAAUUACGAAGAGGUCGGAGAACGCGAGCCUAGUGCUGUAAUUCCAGACUUUUACGAGCUAUCACCUGCCACCGCUGAUCCACUGACGCUGGCAUUACCUUUAUCCCUUCGUAACGGCCAUGCAGUCCUUGAUCUUCGGACAGAGGCUGAGUUUGCGGUCUCGCAUUUGCCUCAAGCUACGAAUAUCCCCCUAGACUCACUGACACCCGGUAGUCCUUCGCCGUUCUCGGACAGUGAUUUGUUUGCGGCGCAGUGGCGGGAGAUGGAGGCACUUUUCGGCGGGGGCAGCUUAGAUACAGCCUCUGAUUUAGCUAAAGAUCUUUCAAAGAAGAAGAGAGUGCUGAUAGUAUGUCAUGGCGGCGAUACUGCGCGAGUAGCUUCUACCAUCUUGAGAUCAAAAGGGGCGAAUGCUGAAUGUAUGAAGGGUGGGAUGGAGGCCGUGGGUAGGGGGUUUUGCGUGUUAGUUAAGGAGCAGAAGGGGGCGCUUUGCAACGGCAAAUCUGCGGCGAUGGGAGUUAAGGAGAUUAUACAACCUGAAGAGACCAUGGUUUGA